AUGUCCUCCUCCCAACCCUUUGCCUCCUCCCCCAUCUCGCCCUCCCACCGCCGCCCCCGCCGCAGCAAAUUCACCUACAAGAACCUCUCCACCCUCGCUCACUAUGCGACCAACUCCCCCCUGCGCGUCAUCGCACACAUCGACCUCGACGCCUUCUAUGCACAAUGCGAAAUGGUCCGUCUCGACGUUCCCGCGGACCAACCCCUCGCGGUGCAGCAAUGGCAGGGCCUGAUAGCGAUCAACUACCCCGCGCGAGCGUAUGGAUUGAGUCGGCAUGUGACGAUCACGGAGGCGAAGGAGAAGUGUCCGGAUAUCAUCUGUCAGCACGUCGCGACGUGGAAAGAGGGGGAUGUCUCAUGGGGGUAUUCGGAGGAUGCGUGGAAGGAGAUUGCGAGUCGGAAGGUGAGUCUCGAUCCGUAUCGGAUUGAGUCGAGGAAGAUUUUGGCCGUGAUCAAGGAGGCUUUGCCGGAGGAGAAGCAGAGGGUGGAGAAGGCGAGUAUCGAUGAGGUGUUUCUGGAUUUGUCGGCGCAGGUGCAUGCCGUUAUGUUGGAGAGGUUUCCCGAGUUGGGGGGCCCGCCGCCGUAUGAUGAUCCUACGGAGUGUUUGCCGCGACCGCCGACGACGGUGCUGGAUUGGAAGGCGGAUGCGUUGGUGGAUUUGGAUGCUAGCCAGAGUGAAGAGGAUGAUCCGGAUUGGGACGAUAUCGCCAUGUUGAUUGGGUCGGAGAUCGUGCGGGAUGUUAGGAAGAAGGUCUAUGAGAAGUCGAGGUAUACGUGCUCGGCGGGGCUCAGCAAGAACAAGAUGUUGGCGAAGCUGGGCAGUGGGUAUCAGAAACCGAAUCGACAGACUGUGAUUCGGAAUCGCGCCGUGGGGCAUUUUCUGAGCGGGUUCAAGUUUACGAAGAUCAGGAACUUGGGCGGAAAGUUGGGGGAUGAAGUCGUGGCGGCGUUUAAUACGGAUUCUGUCAAGGACCUCCUCCCCGUCCCCAUCGAGCAACUCAAGAAACAGCUGGGCGACGACACAGGCUCCUGGCUCUACUCCGUCCUCCGAGGCGAAGACCACAGCGAAAUCAACCCGCGCACCCAAAUCAAAUCUAUGCUCUCCGCCAAAUCCUUCCGGCCCUCCAUCAAUACUAUGGAAGUCGCCUGCAAAUGGCUGCGGAUCUUCGUCGCGGACAUCUUCGGGCGGCUCGUGGAAGAAGGCGUCCUCGAACACAAACGCCGUCCGAAGACCAUCAACCUCCACCAUCGCCAGGGCCAGCAGAGUCGGAGUAAACAGAUUCCUAUACCCAUGGGGAAGGGCAUCACGGAGGAGGUGCUGUUCGAUCUGGCCAAGCGGUUGUUGGCGAUGUUUAUUGUUGAUGGACGGGCGUGGCCUUGUUCGAAUUUGAGUUUGAGUGUUGGGGGGUUUGAGGAUGGGGUGGUGGGGAAUAAGGGGAUUGGAGGGUUUUUGGUUAGGGGGGAUGAGGCGAGGCAGUUGCAGCAGGGAGGGGGUGGUGGGAUGUUUGGCGGCGGUGGUGGUGGUGGUGGUGGAGGCUCGAGGGGUGAGCCCAAGAAGAAGAGGAGGAGGAUUAAGGCUGGAGGGAUUCCGACGUUUUUUGCGCAUCGGUGGGAUGGGACCGGGGAGGAUGAUGGCGAAUCGCAGAGGGAAGACAGUAUGGAGACUCCGCCUCUUGAUGAAGACAACAAUGGUGAAGGAAGUGGCAUGGAGGCGCGGAAUGUGGAUCCGAUUGAUGAGCUUUAUGAGCACCACGAGGACGAAGACAAGGAGUUUCCACAUGGACCAGACCGGGACACGGCAGAACAGUCUACGCUCCCACCCUCCUUCCAACCACAAACAGAUGACACCCCAUCAACACCCUCAGUUCACGAGGCAAACGAUCUCCCCGACAACAAUACCACGACAUCAGACGACACCUACCAAUGCUCCCGCUGCAGACAACGGGUCCCAGAGACCGAGAAGACAGAGCACGAUGACUUCCAUUUCGCGCAGGACUUGCAGAAUGAGCGUGAGAGUCCGCCGCCAAGGCCACCGCCACCCAAAGCUGUGCCGCCGACGUUAUCGAAAAAUAAUAAGUCGAAGGGGAGGGGUCGACCGCCUGGUGGAGGUGCUGGUGGCGGAGGGGGUGUGGAGAAGGGGCAGAGGAGGUUGGCCUUUGGGUAG